AGGCCUCGGCCAUCCUUCCUAGUUCUAGCGACUCCCGCUUUCAAUAUUUUUUCCGUUUAAACCCUAGCUAUGUGGAACCGACAGAGGGUUUAAGGCAAGACCGGCAACUGAACUAAACCCUUUCCGCCAAAUGACCUAAAAUUUUAUUUUAUUUUUCGAUUUCGAGAAACCAAUAAGGAAAAUCUGGUCAGAGCUCGAAUUCUCACAUACCUAUGGCCGCUUCCAGAUUAUCCUCCUGCGUAGCAAUGGCCGCGGCGGUCGCGUCCUUGUCCACGCUCUCCGACCGCGCGUACGCCGACAGUCCCUUUCGUUUCUUUCCUUUCUAUUCUUCUUCGUCUUCUUCUCCUCAGGGGGACCAGAACUCUAACUCGAGGUCGGAGGCGAAGGCCGAUGCCGAAGAGUCCAAAGGGUCGGGUUUCGAUCCCGAGUCGUUAGAACGAGGUGCCAAAGCUCUUCGUGAAAUCAACAGCUCCCCGCACGCUAAACAGGUUUUCCAAGUAAUGAGAAAGCAAGAAGAUACUCGCCUUGCAGAGAUGGCUGCCGAGAAGGCUCAUUUUGAAGCAAUUCAAGCUAAUGCCGAUAUCGAAAAGCAGCGUAAAUUACAUGAAGAGCAAAGAGAUCUGAUACAGCAACAAGCACAGGCAAAGGCACAAAUGUUGCGAUAUGAGGAUGAGCUGGCUAGGAAAAGAAUGCAGACAGAUCAUGAAGUUCAGAGGAAACAUAAUGUUGAACUGGUUAGGAUGCAAGAGGAUUCCUCUACACGGAAAGAACAAGCUAGACGAGCUACUGAGGAACAGAUCCAAGCUCAGCAGCGCCAAACUGAGAAAGAGAGGGCUGAAAUAGAGAGGGAAACAAUAAGAGUUAAGGCCAUGGCAGAGGCUGAAGGCCGAGCCCAUGAAGCAAAACUGACGGAGGAACAUAACAGGAAAAUGCUUAUAGAACGUAUUAAUGGUGAAAGAGAGAAAUGGCUUGCUGCAAUCAAUACAACUUUUAGUCACAUUGAAGGGGGUUUUAGGAUCCUACUGACUGAUAGGAAUAAGUUGCUUAUGACAGUUGGAGGAGCCACUGCAUUAGCUGCAGGAGUUUAUACAACUAGAGAAGGAGCUAGAGUAAUGUGGGGAUAUGUUAAUCGGAUUCUGGGGCAGCCAUCACUUAUUCGAGAAUCCUCCAUUGCAAAAUUUCCUGGGUCGGAAUUGAUUUCUAAGGCUAAAAAUAAAGUUUUUAAAUACAGUACCUCAGCUGGGGCUGCAGGAAGUAAAAAUGGUCUUGGAAAUAUUGUUCUCCAUCCUUCGUUGGAAAGGAGAAUACAGCAACUUUCUCGAGCUACAUCAAACACCAAGACUCAUCAGGCACCUUUUCGCAAUAUGAUGUUUUAUGGGCCCCCUGGCACUGGAAAAACUUUGGUUGCAAGGGAGAUAGCUCAGAAAUCAGGUUUGGAUUAUGCCAUGAUGACUGGAGGAGAUGUUGUGCCACUGGGUGCGCAGGCUGUUACCAAAAUUCAUCAGAUUUUUGAUUGGGCUAAGAAAUCAAAUAAAGGUUUAUUGCUUUUUAUUGACGAGGCGGAUGCUUUCCUAUGCGAGCGUAACAGUACACAUAUGAGUGAAGCUCAAAGAAGUGCUCUGAAUGCAUUGCUCUUCCGAACUGGAGAUCAGUCUAGAGACAUAGUUCUCGUUCUCGCAACAAACAGACCAGGUGAUCUCGACAGUGCUGUUACCGAUCGAAUUGAUGAGGUCAUCGAGUUUCCACUUCCAGGAGAGGAGGAACGUCAUAAACUACUGAAGCUCUACUUGUACAAGUACCUUUCUGGUGAAAGCGAUCAGAACGCAGCUAAGUGGGGUCUUUUUACCAAGAAAAAGCCACAAAAGAUAACUAUAAAAGAUGUAACGGAUGAUGUAAUCCGAGAAGCUGCCAGGAAGACAGAAGGGUUCUCCGGCCGAGAAAUAGCAAAACUAAUGGCUAGUAUCCAAGCAGCUGUUUAUGGGCGCCCGGACUGCGUGUUGGAUACCCAGCUGUUUAUGGAAAUUGUUGAUUACAAAGUUACAGAGCAUCAUCAGCGAAUAAAACUAGCAGCUGAAGGUGGUGUACCAGCUUAGGCUAAGGACGUGCAAUCUCAAGACGUCAGAUGCAAGAGUAGGGAAGAUGGCUUAUUUUUGGAAGCCCAAAAAUUGGAGAGUUUUUUGCAGUGUUUUGAUGAUUAUUUAACAUUCUUUGUAUAUUGGAAUAUUGUGGUUCUUUUUGUUGUAGGGGUCGAUAAGUCGAUCUCCCUUUUCCCUCUCAUUUUCAUUUCCUGACAUUUUUGGUGAAGUCGUGUGGUAUCUGUGGGGAAUGUUUGUGUGAGGGAAUGAGCUGCAAUUGUCAUGGCCUACAUAAUACUUCUCCCUCGGUACCUGGUGACCCAGACGGAUCUACAGUGCUGAUUGGACGACAAUAUGAGAUGGUGGAAACUUCUUGUAAUAAUUCGAAAGCAGACUCUCUUCUGUUUUA